AUGAAAAAUAUCGAUGGACAUGAAGAUGUAUCACUUGGUAACGUUAAAGUUCAAUUACUUGAUACUGUUCAAGAUUCGUCACUUCUAAGGUCGAUGAUUUCUAAAGCAGUAUUCUGUGAAUUCUCUGCCGAAGCCCGUAUAAAACGCACCAUUCACGGGCCGGAUUGUGCGACAUGGAUUAGUGUUAAAAAUAUCAAAGGUGUUGAUGAAGAUCAAUCGUUUGAUGCUCACUCAUUGCAUUGUCUCAAAUGUAACACAACCAUUGAAAAACAAGUUCGUGACCAUCCAUUACCAGGCGAACCAGAAUCAAAACUGUAUUUUUGCUACAAAUGCGAAAAUAUAACAGAAGUCGAUCAUUGA